CACCAAUCACCUCUCAACAGCAUUGACCCGUCUGUGUCUGUGUCUCUCUCCUCCAUUUCUCUCUCUCUCUCUCAGUCUUCUACUCAUCCCUGUUCCAUAGAUCGCUGUCUUCCAAAUCAGUACAAAGCGCUGACAUACUUGGAUUCGCUUUCCCAACGCUCUAACCUCUCCUUUUGCUUUAGCCAUAUGAAGGUACAGGAAAAAAAAAACAAGAAAAGCCCAAUUCGCUCCCACUUGUACCACUUUCAUUUCUAGAGAAUCACUCUGCGUUCUCUAGUUUUUAUCAACUGUGUAUUCUUUCCUUUUCAUGGUUUUGUGGGUUUCGGUGUCUUCUCCUGUUGCUUGGUUGAGAGUUCUAAAUAUCACUCUGUUAGCUUAAAGUUUUCAAAUUUAUCACGUAAUUUGAUCUGGGUUUUGCUUCCCUUGUCUUCCGAUUGGUUCUUUUUUAUGCUUCUGGAUCUGAUAUGGAGGUCUAGGAGGUCUAGGGUUUAACUAAGAUCUACUGUUUUCCAAAGUUUCUCGAAUUUUCCUGGGGUUUUGGAAAGUUGGGUCCUUUCUAGAUUCCUCACCUUAUGCUUGUGUGAAAAGCUCACUCUGAUUCCUCCCAAACGAUUCUCGAUUAGUGCCUCUUUGGCCUUAAAAACCUUCACUUCUGCAUUUCAUAUCUGGGGUUUCUCUUUGAACUCUCAGGGAGAGAGACGAAAGACGAAGACUCAACUAAUUGUCUUUUGGCAUGAUUGGUAUAGUGAUUGAAUUGUACAGUUUGACUAUCUAGAACUAUGAAUCAGGGAUUUGAAAUUCCGUCUCCGACCUCCUAUAGCUGGUUUUUUCAGGACAGCAUGGCAACCAAAUGGACACCCGAAGAGAAUAAGCUGUUUGAGAACGCUCUUGCUUUUAUCGAGGAUGAAACCCCAGAUCGAUGGAAGAAAAUUGCAGCUAGGAUUCCUGGCAAGUCUGUAGGCGAUGUGAUCAAACAGUACAAUGAUUUGGUAGAAGAUGUUAUUGAAAUAGAGUCAGGGCUGAUUCCAAUUCCUUCAUGUUAUGGUAGAGAAGCUUUCACAUUGGAGUUGGUGAACAAUCGAGGGAUUGAUAAUUUGAAAAAAGUCUAUUGUGUUGGUGGAAAGAGGGGCACCUCGACUCGGCAUCCUGAGCAGGAAAGGAAGAAAGGUGUGCCAUGGACGGAAGAAGAGCACAGGCUAUUUCUGAUGGGUCUUAAGAAGCAUGGUAAAGGUGACUGGAGAAAUAUCUCUCGUAAUUUUGUGACCACUAGGACCCCUACUCAGGUGGCCAGUCAUGCUCAGAAGUACUUUAUCAGGCUGGCUGCAGGAGGGAAAGAUAAGAGGAGAUCUAGCAUCCAUGAUAUCACCAUUAUCAACCUUCAAGACACUAAACCUCCUUCACCAAAAACUAAAAGGCCUCCAUCACCAGAUCACUCUGCUAUGAUUAUGCAGCCACAGCAGCAUCCAAAGAUGGUUGCCAUGGAUAAACAACAAUAUGUCUGGAAAUCGCCAUAUGAGCCUCCGGCCAUGGUUUUCAACUCAGCAAAAAAUGAGAACAUGGUGAUGCCACCAUAUUGUGGGAUUUCUUCAUAUGGACCUAAGCUGCAGGAACAAAAUCUGUUAAUGGGCACCGUCUAUGGAUCUCAAUUUGGAUACUACAAUCCAAUGUAUGAGAUGCAACAUCAGUGAAUAAGCCGAGAGAGGAAGUUUUAGAAUUCUCGAAGUACUCUAGACACAAAAAACAGGGAGUUCUGAAGGUAUCAAAAUGCCAAACCUUAGUGGUGUUAGAUCAAACCAUCCAUGACAUAUGAUAGUUCUGUGUGAAUAUGUUGAUGAGCACUUUUAGUUAGUCUUUAGUAAUUAAUCUAUACGAACACAUUAGUGAGCUCAUGCUGUGUUUGUUCAAAUUUGAAGGAAAGUUUAUUUAUGCUGUUCUGGUUGUGCUGGGGAUUUGCCGGCUCAUUUUCUUUA